AUGCUAACUGUCUUUCGGGCCGCCGCCAUUGUCACGCUCCUAUUCGCAAUGUCGUUGCUUUUCAACGGUGUAAUGCAAUCUCCUGAAGCCCUGCCCGGUUUCUGGAUUUUCAUGUACCGCGUAUCCCCCUUCACCUACUGGAUCGCCGGCAUCGUAGCAGCACAACUCCACGGCAAACGCAUCAUCUGCAGCGACGUCGAAACCAGCGUCUUCCAACCCCCGCGGGUCAAACCUGCGGCCAAUACAUGGCCGCCUACCUCGAAUACGCACCGGGCUACCUCCAAAACCCCAACGCUAAUGCCAACUGCGCAUACUGUGCGCUCAGCGAUGCAGACCAAUUCCCUUGCCGGCAGCGGAAUCUAUUACAGCCAAGUAUGGCGCAAUUUCGGUAUUUUCUGGGCGUAUGUUGGGUUUAAUAUCUUCGCUGCUGUGUUUUUGUAUUGGUUGUUCAGGGUUAGCAAGUUCAGUGUUUCUGGAUUUGUGGAGAAGAUGAAGAAGGCUCCUAAGCCAAAGGCUGAGCCCAUUGCUGACGACAAGGAAGGCCAGAAGCAGAGAAACCAUGCUGAUCCCUUCUAG